UUGAAACUAGGGCUUAUUACUGGCUAGCAGCGCACCUUUUUUAAAGGUCCUGCCUAGCCCACCUAGACUGACCACACACGUUCGCCUGACCACCUCCAUACACCACGCCAGGAUUUGUCCUUGCUUCCAGCCACUCCAAUUCCUCGGCUGACCCCUGGUGGUCACGUGGAGCUGCACGCCACGCAAGUCUGGGUCCUUCUGCUAACCACUGGGGUCCUCGCUGCCUAGGAGCCGCUCCGAAGCUGCCUGUUCGCGCGAGAGUUUAGAGGGGCGGGUUUGGGGUCGGUCCCUGGUGUGAGGCUUGCGCCGCAGCGCACCGGAGCCGGGCUUAGGCGCCCACUUAGUGUGCGGGGAGCUGGGUCAGGCGGUCGCCGGGGCACCCUGUGUCUGAAAAGCGCCGGAGCGCUCUGGAGAAGCCCGGACAGCCCCGCUCCCUCGCAACCAGGUGCUAGGGGCCAGAGCUAAAGUGAGAGUCCGACCGUCUUCCAGCGCCUGGGCCACGGCGGCGGCCCUGGGAGCAGAGGUGGAGCAACCCCAUUACGUUAAAGAUGAAAGGCUGGGGUUGGCUGGCCCUGCUUCUGGGGGCCCUGCUGGGAACUGCCUGGGCUCGGAGGAGCCAGGAUCUACACUGUGGAGCUUGCAGGGCUCUGGUGGAUGAACUAGAGUGGGAAAUUGCCCAGGUGGAUCCCAAGAAGACCAUUCAGAUGGGUUCUUUCCGAAUCAAUCCAGAUGGCAGCCAGUCAGUGGUGGAGGUGCCUUAUGCUCGCUCAGAGGCCCACCUCACAGAGCUACUAGAGGAGGUAUGUGACCGGAUGAAGGAGUAUGGGGAACAGAUUGAUCCUUCCACCCACCGCAAGAACUAUGUACGUGUAGUGAGCCGGAAUGGAGAAUCCAAUGAACUGGACCUACAGGGCAUCCGAAUUGAUUCAGACAUCAGCGGCACCCUCAAGUUUGCGUGUGAGAGCAUUGUGGAAGAAUAUGAGGAUGAACUCAUUGAAUUCUUCUCCCGAGAGGCUGACAAUGUUAAAGACAAACUUUGUAGUAAGCGAACAGAUCUGUGUGACCAUGCCCUGCACAUAUCGCAUGAUGAGCUCUGAACCAUUGGAGCGGCCCAGACUGAGGCUUGAUGGAUCACCCCCAGGAGGGGAAGUGGGUGGCAAUGCCUUUUAUAUUAUGUUUUUACGGAAAUGAACUGAAAAAAUAUGAAACUACAAGUACGAACUGUGUUGUCUUUUCAUGCCCAGAAUUAACCCUUACAUUAGGCUUGAAGAUAGGGGAUUCCAGACAGGAAAGAAAAGGGAAGGGAAGGCAGAGCUUUGGGAAUGGUCUGGCAUGAAGGCAGGAGGAGCCUGAAGCUGUCAUUCUUUUGCCAUCUGAGAUUCCUGCUGCACUCACAAAGUAGACAAACAUGUAUUCAGUGCCUACUCAGUACAAUGUGUUUAAAGUUUAACAGUUAAGAGAAGGACCCUUUAUGAAUAAACAAGAGAACAUAAGUAAGUGCAUGGUAGUAUAGGAUUCUAUUGGGUUGUCAGAAAAGUCAUGAAUUUUUGCAAUGAAAAACAUAGAAAAAAAUACGUCAUGACUUUUCCGAUAACCCAAUAGAAAUAACUUGUAUCCAUACUGAUGAAACAUAAAGUAAGACAGAGCUUGGUCUUGAAGGAAAUAAUGGACAUGCAUUAUUCUUCACUCCCUGCCCUUCCAGAUGGAGGGAUCAGCAAGAGCAUACAGGAAUGGGAAAAUGGACGUGAUCAACUCAGCUGAAAAGUAAGGGCUUUAUCAGAUAGGGAGAAGUUAGGUAAGGAAUGUUACUUAAUGAAAGGCCUUGCUUGAUGACCUAAGCUUUUUAGAUUUGAUGCCAAUAGCAACACUAAAGUAUACCUUUUUCAUCUCUAUCACUAGCUAUUAUUAAUCUAGACUAUAAGCCUGUCCCUACUUUCUGUAUGUAGAGAUUCUGUACUGGGGCAUAGGGAUGAAAAUAUAAAGCAUACCUUCUCUGAAGAGCAUAUUAAACAACCUGAUCCUGAA